CUGCGAAAUGCAUUUCGCCUAGACCCUAAGGGUGUAGACCUACAUUUAUUCAGCUUUUUAAAGAACAAAAAGAGGGGGGUGUGCUGCCCUUUCCUCUUACCUGCACACGCCCUUUGCCAUUCAGACUUAUUUCAGCUCGCGUACAGUGCAGUCAGAAUUUCAGAAUGGCAGGCCCUAGUGAUUUUUAUGGUUGGCAUAGGCACCAGAGAAUGGACCCACGGGCCGUAGGUUUUCGUACUGAACAAGAAGCUAGAGAUUGGGCAAAUCGUUCUCGUGAUUGGAAUGGUCAGCCACGCGACCGUUUUGUUCACUUUGAUUAUCCAGAUAGAGAAAGGUCUCCUCUUCGAAACUAUCGAGAGUGGGCUCCCUCCUUUGACGCUCAACCGCCAUUGUUUAAUAUUCCACCCGUGAUUCCACCACCGGCUUUUGACGUUCCUCCGCGUGAUCAGUUUUUUCACGGAGACCGGUUUUAUCAAAAUGAUGUGGGGGAUCGACCAAGGGGGCGUGCGAAGGAACGGGGGAAUGGCGCCGAGUUUCCGUUAGAUGAUAGGAUCGAAGAAGAAGCCUACGUUCGUUUUAGCAAGCUAAGAGACUUGGAAGAAAGAGAGAAGCGGGAGAGCAGACAGGAGGAAGACGAAGAAGAUGGCGAGUAUCUUGAAGUAGAGGACGAAGAGGAAGAAGAGUUAGACGAGGGGGGUCCAAAGCUAGUGGACCGUCCAUGGCUACCAAAGGAGCGUACUCCCCAAGCCCCUGCCGCCGGAUCUAAGUCGAAAGGGAAGGCUCUAAAACCAACGCGCGCGGCAGCCGCGGCAGCCACGGCAGGCUCAUCCAAAGCAGCCAGUGAAUCAGGGGAAGUGACGGCGUUCAUCCCAACAGCGAUUUCAGACGAGAUUAGGGUUUGGCUAACGACUGGCCUGUCAACCGACGAUUCAAAAGCAAUCUCAAAGAAAUUUGAGCUCGAGUUUGAGGACCCGACUUUCUCGAUUAAACCGCCUAAGCUCGACGGCUUUAUGUUGAGGCAUGCUAAAGACAAAGAUCGAUUGAAAGGGGUUAAUGCUUCGGAGGAAGCGCUUAUACAGACUCAGCUUAAAAUAAUGGACGUUGCCCCACCUCUGUUUGAUUUAUACGCUAAAGUGUGUGCUCUUGGAGAGGGAGAAACGGUGACGCAAGCCAAGAAUACGGUGCGGGCCGUUUUACAACAGUGGGGUAGAGCGUACUACCACAUCACCCAAAGAAGAAGGCGAGCGGUUGUGACAUUGGUGGAACCGACAUAUGACUUCAUAUUGUCAAACCCUGACGCUUUCGCACCGGGAAAGGAGGCAACUGAGCUCCUUUUCACGGACAAAUUCUUAGAGACGAUGCUCAAGGAGGCGUCUCAAGACGCCACACUGGCAAGCUCAUCGGCGGCUCGAGCGAGGGCUAAGGCAGGUGGAAGAAAGGUAGCAGUGAACCCAGGCCCAUCUCAACGGGUGUUGCGCCCAAGGAGAGAAGCAGCGGCCCAAUUUCCCGUUGAAGGGAGGCAGAGUGGUGGGGUCGGAAGAGGACGACCGCCGGGUGCAACUGCUUGGACUCGAGGAGGUGAAAGAAAUCAAACCUUUCGUGGCCGGAAAGCUGGAGGUUAUUCUAGAAGCAAGAAUAACUAGACUGGCGAGAAAGUAAGAAGGCCCCAUUACGUGUUCAAGUUACGGCAGUUGGCAGAGCUGUCCAGAAGAAGAAGCGCACUAUUUUUUGCUGCAACCAUUAUGUUCAUGUUUCUGUGUUUCAUGAUAUGUUACCUUGGGAUAGAGUUUUUUUACCCUGAAGUCCUCAGGUUUUUUCUCGUAUCCCCCUCAAACUGUUAUUUGGAAGUUAUGUGUGAAAUUCUCUCUGAUUAUGUUUGAUAACAUGUAAUUGUGUUUGGUUAAAACCCUGUACACGGAUCUGUAGCUAUAAGUCUGAAUGGCAAAGGGCGUGUGCAGGUAAGAGGAAAGGGCAGCACACCCCCCUCUUUUUGUUCUUUAAAAAGCUGAAUAAAUGUAGGUCUACACCCUUAGGGUCGUCGUCUACAUUUAUUUCUUAUACAAUUUCAAUUACCCUUCAGGAUCGUAGAACGAUCCCUC